AUUAAAACAAGUUCGAUGGGACUGAAAUGUGCGUGGAAUCAAAAAAAGGAUAAAAAAAGAAGCAUUCUCUUGGCGUCUCCGCCUCUUCCUAACGAACUCGAUAAUUUUUCAUCUAAAUUAUCUGGCAACGUUGGAUCGUAUUUAUCUAUCUCUAUCUUUCUCUUUUUCUCUUUCAUACACACAUAGUCGUCGUCUUGUUCGUCGCGUAGUCGUCAUGUCGUGUAGGCGUCAUCAUGAUGCAUGAAUCCGAGUGUCGACGAAGUUUGUUUUGAAUCGAUUGAACCGUGGAUAUUAAACUUUAUCGUUAUUAUGGUAAUUCCCGUGGAAAGGAGUGCCGUUGAGAUUUACUUAUCGUUAUGGCGGUAAUCUCUGAUACUCGAUUGAAAUAUUCAAUAGAAAAAUAAUAAGGAAAAUAAUAUAAAACAAGGAUAGUGUUGUGAAAUUAAUACGAUUCGAAAAAUAAUGUCGGAGAUCGAAAAGAUUGUUCUCGUUGAACGUUCUCGUUUACGAUCGAAAAUAAAUCGUUCGAUUAAAGUGAAAUUCUUAUUCUUAUGGAUUCUAUUAACGUUGAACUUGGUGAUGGCCGAUGAUCGGUCGAUCAUAUCAAAUGAAAAAAGUAAUAAGUGUCCCGAUGGAUGUGGUUGCAUUGGAAACGUUGUUAUAUGUAAUAAUUUGCAAUUAAUCGAGGCACCCAGCGGUUUACCACCAUGGACCGAAAACUUGGACAUGAGUGCUAAUAAAUUGGGAAAUAAUUUUACUAUCGGUUUAUCGGAUGCAACCAAAUUGAUAGGACUUAAAGCGAAUAAGAAUCAAUUAACGCAAAUACCUGAUCUUUCAUUCGUUAAAAAUUUAACGCAUCUCAGUUUAUCGCACAAUGAAAUAACUACUAUUAAUGGAAGUGCCUUAGCUGUUUUAUCGGAACUUCAAACAUUGGAUUUGAGUUUAAAUAAAAUAACUUUUUUACGACGUGGUUCGUUUCUUGCACCAAAUAAAAUUAUGCAUUUAAAUUUAAAUAUGAAUCAAAUAUACAUCAUCGAAAAUGGUAGUUUGGAUAAUUUAACUUCGUUAGAGGAACUCCGUUUAAAUAGAAAUAAUCUUGUGCAAUUGAUGGACACAUCAUCUGUGCAAAGUCUUUCUACAGUACUUUUCAGCAAUCUUGGAAAAUUGAAAAUAUUAGAAUUGAAUAGAAAUGAGAUACAAAAAAUGCAAGUAUUAAGUCUUAAGGGUUUAACAAAUUUAGAAGAAUUACGCUUGAAAAGAAACAAAAUAAGCACGUUAAGCGAUGGUGCAUUUUGGCCUCUUAAAAAUCUUAUCCUUCUUCAACUUGAUUUCAACAUGUUGACCAUUGUAAAGAAAGGUGGUUUGUUUGGAUUAGAAAAUUUGAGAAAGUUGACUUUAUCUCAUAAUCAUAUUACAAGGAUUGAAUCGCAAGCGUGGGACAACUGUGGAGAUAUUACUGAAUUGGAUUUAUCAUAUAAUAUAUUAACUUCUAUAGAACGAGACACGUUUGAUCAUUUGGAUAAAUUAGAAAGGCUUAAAAUGGAUCACAAUCAAAUUAUAUAUAUAUCGGAUGGAACAUUCAACCCUACCCCAAAGCUACAAGUUUUAGAUCUUAAUUCCAACAAAAUAUCCUACAUGGUAGAAGAUUUUAACGGAGCUUUUAGUCCACUAAGUAAUUUAUGGAAGUUAGGACUGGCGCAUAAUAAAAUCAAAUCUGUUAAUAGAAAUGCUUUCAUCGGUUUAAGUCAUGUUACUGAACUCGACUUGAGUGGGAAUGAUAUAACUAGUAUUCAAGAAAAUGCAUUUAUCACGAUGCCGGAUUUAAAAAAAUUGAAAUUAAAUUCACGAUCAUUGGUCUGUGACUGUGGAUUACAUUGGUUUAGUACAUGGAUAGGAACACACAGAUUCGAAGAUACGGAAGCUCAUUGUGGCUAUCCACAUUGGUUGCAAGAUAAACCAUUAGCUCAAUUGCAUCAUACAAAUUUCACAUGUGAUGAAUAUCCAAAACCAAGAAUAAUAGAAGAACCUUCAGAUCAAAAGCGUGUUAAAGGUGACAACGUGACUCUGAUAUGUCGUGCAACAAGUACAGCUGAUGCACCGAUCAAAUUCAUUUGGAAACGAGAUAACGUGGAAUUAAAUAAUCCUAAUUUACAAACAGACAUUCGCACGUUGGAAGGUGGUGUAACUAAUGCGUCAUCUGUUUUGCAAUUAAUUAAUGUGACUCAUGCUAAUGCUGGAAAGUAUCAAUGUAUGGUCUCUAAUACUUAUGGAACAACAUAUUCUUCUAAGGCCAAAUUAAGUGUUCUAAUAUAUCCAUCGUUUUCUAAAAUACCUCGUGACAUUCGAGUAACUGCUGGAAGUACGGCACGUCUCGAAUGUUCAGCAGAAGGUCAACCAUCACCCCAGAUAGCUUGGCAAAAAGAUGGUGGAAAUGAUUUCCCGGCUGCAAGGGAAAGGAGAAUGCAUAUGAUGCCUACGGACGAUGUACUUUUUAUUGUAGAUGUAAAAAUGGCCGAUACCGGAGUUUAUUCCUGUACUGCUCAAAAUUUAGCUGGACUUAUCGUGGCCAAUGCGACUCUUACUAUAUUGGAGGUACCGUCAUUUGUAAAGCCAAUGGAGAAUAAAGAAAUAAUGAUAGGUGGUUCUAUUGUAUUGGAAUGUAUGGCAAGUGGUUCACCGCGUCCCAAAUUAAUGUGGCGUAAAAAUGGUAGUCCACUGCAAAUAACUGAACGUCAUUUUUUUACGGCAGAAAAUCAAUUAUUAAUAAUAGUUAAUACUAUGAGUAACGAUGCAGGAAGUUACGAAUGCGAAAUGAGUAAUUCGUUGGGAAGUGUUGUUGGUGCAUCUCAUCUUACAGUAAAUCCAGCUCCAACGACAAUCGUAAACGAAGAUAAUAUAUUGGGAUUAAUAAUAAUCACAAUUGUAUGUUGUGCCGUUGGUACAUCGGUAGUUUGGGUAGUAAUAAUUUAUCAGACGAGAAAACGUUUAAACAAUACGCGCAAUACUAACACACAACAAUCACCAACAACGGUAAUAUCAACGGCGCCAGAAAAUCAGACUCACAUGUAUUUGGAUACGAGCUCACAGCACAGUAAAGAUAGUGGUACUGGUGAUAGCACUAAUCCUAGCAACGAUCAAUUACAAUUUUGUUUACCCGAAGAAAUGGUAACUUGUUCGGUCAAUAACGAAGAAGAAACUGCAGCUGUGAACGUUGCUGAUCCAUUAAUACGUUAUACAAAUCAUGAACGAUAUAUUCACUCAGAUAAAGCGUGUGCUGUAUAAACAAAGAAUGAAGUUUCAUUCUAUACGGACAAUUAUAGCAAAAGGCCUUAAAUAAUAAAAAACGUUUUACACAGGUGCUUCAUUGUUUGAAGAUACGAGUCAGAAAAAAACAACAAACAAUAUUAAAAAAAAAAAAAAUGAUAGCAAAGGAAACCUGUGAGAAUGGCAGAAGAUGAAACUUGUCUAUAUGCAACAGAAAAAGUAUUUUUAAUACUUACGACUCUCUUGUAUAAUGCUAUUUGGUGUGUGUCAUCUUAGAUAGAACGUCAAUGUAUUGAUAAGUAUGAUUAAGAAUUUAUGAAAAAGAUCAAAAUAAUUCGCACUAAGGAUAUUACAUUAUAUGUAUAAUAAUGUAUUAUCGAAGUAACUGCUGGUCGUUAUCUGUGCGGUUAUAAGGAUAUGCAAGUAAAUUAGCAGCAAUGAAGAGACACAUAUUGUAAAUAUUUAACUUUUAAGAGAAUUCGUACUCUGCUGUUACUUGCAUGAGAUUAUGGUUACACGUAAAACACACAUAUACUUUGUAUAAUGACUUGGUUAAGAGAAAGAAUCAUAAAUUCUUUGAAAGUCAUCUAUACGUAUAUAUUAGGUCAAUCUUUGUGAUAGAUAUUUAUUAUAGAUUUAUACAAAUUAGAAAGAUACAAUAUUUAUGAUACUCGAAGGUGUAAUUUUAUCAUGAGGAUAUAGAUGAGAAAUCGAGUAUCUAUCUCAUCAUUUGUGUACGACUGUACUGAUAUACAUAUAUCUUCGUGAAUUGUCUUCCCUUUUCAUUUUUACACUGUGGUCAUCGUAAUGAUUAAUAAGUAACACACACACACAAGUUUAUUUCUAUUAAUAAUUUAAUAUAAACCGCGUUGCUUAUUGAACGUUAUUCGUAUAUAAGUAUUGUAUGUAUGUUGUACAGUAGAUGUAUGUAUAUAUACGUCCAACGAAUGUUCUUUUAAUCGUCAUACUUAUUUAAUUGAAGAAGUAGAAGAAGAAGAAGAAAAAAAAAAGAAGAAAAAGUAUUACUAUAAGUCGGGACAUAAGUAAAGUUAUUCGUUUUGAAAAUGACUCUGUAUAUUAUAUCCCUCUAUAUAUGUAGAUUUACACUUGACUUGUAUUAUUUUAUUGAAUUUAAUAUCAAUUUGAUAUGAUAUACGUUUUCAAAGUAUUAUCCAUAAAAAGAAGAAGAAGAAAAGAAAAAAAAAAAAUUGUGUAACGAAAAGAGAAAAUCGGUGACGAAUGAAUCCAAAAUGUAAUCCAUAUGCUUUAUUGUCAAAUGGUUUCAUAUAUAUAUAUAUAUAUAUAUAUUUUUUGUUCUUAAUAAUUUGCCAUACUAUUUCGCUCGUAUGUAUGUAUGUAUGCAUGUACGUAUGUCGACCCAAUAUGUUAAAAAGAUUAGAAA